GUUGUCGAUGUUGUGCCAUCCGGAAAGAUAAUAUCCCAGAAAAUGACAGCCUACCUAGAGGAAGUAGCAACAAAAAAAAGAAGUGGCGAAAAUUUAUUGACUGAAGCCAAAAAGAUGCGACUCGCAUCUUUGACUCCGUCAGUGGUAGGUAUAUGUGUCCGCCCAUAUUGAUAUCUUUUAACCUCAAAGUAUAAGGUGAUGGGGUGUUAAUGUUCCUAUAGUACGUGACGAUCGAGAGGACGAAUUUAUAAUAUCAUAGCCUCGUUGAUACAGCUGGGGAAAAUGAGUGCGGGAAAACAUCGUCUAUUGAGUGUGAUGAUCCGAAUAAAGGGAAACCCACCCGUCGUUUAAUUUCAAUGUGCUCUUUAGCUAAGCUCUGUUGAACUGUAUUUAGUAUUUUGAUUUAAUGGGAAUGUAAUAAGUUUAAGUUAAUCCGUUUGGUCGCUGGUAAAUAACCGAGUCAGGUCCUAAGAGAAAUGUUUUCCACUUCCUUGUAGUUGGAUUCUACAGUGAGGGCAAGAGAUGCCUAUAUGUCGUGGCAUGAGGCCAUUUUCCCCCAUCAGACUGUUUUGCCCGUGUCGGCAGACAAGCUGCGAGCUUUUAGCCAAAGUCUGUCCGACAUGGGCUAUUCCUACAGCACUAUCCUCUCGUUGUAUUUCAGUGGAGUGUGCUCUUGGGUGAGUUCUAUUUAUUUAUUUAUUUAUUCUCUGUGUUCAAUUAUAUCCCUUUGUGUAUGGCAGACCCAAAAAAUAGCGGUCAAUGUGUCCUCCAAAGGUGAGCCCUCGCCAUAAAGUAGGUGAUUGAAGUGAAGUCAUAAAAAGUAAUUGUGUCUUCAUAUUCUUUUCCUUGCAGCAUCUAUGCAACGACUUACCCAGUCCAAGACAGACUUUUCCGACC